AUGGCUGAAGUCAUCUUGAAGAGACUCCUAGAACAGGAUCCACAAAAGAAGACAUUUUACCACGGAUCACAAAAUGCUGACAAGCCCGUUCCACUACCAGACAGAAUAUGGAAACCAUUGAGAAAGUACAACCUUGCUUCAACGUCACUGGAAUACAAGAAAGACAUAAUGUCCAACGCUGAGAUUGCCUCCCCUCUACCCAGUCCUUAUUGCUCGAGUAUAAUGAGAACGCUCAGUGCUGCUUUAGCUUUGCAUACUCGAACUAAGUCUUUCAAAUUAGUGUUCAAGAAGGCCGAAAGUACCUGCAGUCACAAACGCUCGGAUUUGAUAACCGGAGAGAUUCAACAUAUUGAUAAUGAUUUUGAGAAAGACUCAAAAGAUGAAAUGGCAGCAUGGGAAGUCUGUCAAUGUUUACAAAAGAUUGUGGAUUGCACAACUGUGGACAAUGAAGUCAUGUUCAGUGAUCUCGUCCUAACACAAUCGUGCCAAGUUUCUCCCAUAGUACCAUUCCCAGGCUUUGCGAAUAGAUUCGAAUGCACACGUACCUCUAGCCAGCCUUUUGGAGGCCGAACAGGGUUCGAGAGGUGGGAAAGAAGAGCUCAGAGUACCUCAGGACCUUCAGAGGAGUUGGCCUCGACUAGGGAACAAGAACUUACCGCAGAAAUUAUCACUAUCCAGUCUCAAAAGAAAGAUGUUGAGACAAAACUUGCCACUGUUCGGUCCGAAAAAGAAACCUUUGAGCGACGUCUCGAUGAGCUUCAAACCCAAAACAGCCUAGACAUUGAAGCACCAAAAGUACAAGCUUUCAUCAAUGAACUGCAGCAUGACAUCGGAAGGCUUCAAUAUAAAGUUGACGAGGUAGAAGAAAAACUUCGAGAAGCAAAUGAUCGAGCAGAUAAGGCAGUCACUCAACGAAAUAAAGCGCUUAUUGAAAAAUAUAAACUACAUGUUAAGAUAGAUGAUUUGGUUGAGGUGGCGAGACUCAAAGAACAGGUCUCACCUGCGCCCUUGGAAUAUAGAGCAGGGAUCAAAAGAGCUAGGAGUCCGACUUUGAGCCUGAGUUCUAGAGAGAGAAGUGGUAUUGGUGGUCGUGGUGGUGGUAAUAAUUCAUUUAGCAUGAAUGACGAAGGUAAAUUUCAUGGUAUUAGUCCUCUACGUACGUUGGAUCAGCGAGCAUGUAAAGUCUGA